AUGUCCCUCGAGACCGGCGAGCCGCCAAAACUGUACGGCGUCAACUUCCAGCCGCCGGCACCGUUCGACUUCGCGAACCCGCCAACGUGGGCGACAUGGCUCAGCCGCUACGAAGACUACGCAGUGGUUUCAGGACUGACGAAAGCGUCGGAAGACACGCUGGUACGCUCGCUACUGUACUGCAUGGGCCCGGAGGCCCGCCCGCUUCUCGAGACUUUCUCGCUCGACGCCCAGUCUCUUCCUUCAUACCAAGCCGUUGCCACCCGCUUCACUGAGCACUUCGUGCACCCGGCAAACGAGCUUUACGAAUCGUCACGGUUCCACAGACGCGUUCAGCUGCCCGACGAAAGCGUCGACACGUACUACGCAGAACUGCGCAGGAUGGUCAAGCGCUGUAACUAUCCGUCUGCUGCUGUCGAGGAAAGGCUCGUACGCGACCGGUUCGUCGUCGGCCUCCGCGACUCCCGUCUCUCGGACCAGCUGUGCCGGAACGCGAAGUUGACACUACAGGACGCCUGGAGACAAGCCCGUCAAUCCGAAGACGCCGACAGGGAAAAGGCGUUGCCCCAGAACCGCACCGAGCACUCCCGCGAGCUCAACCUCGACGCCGCAAAAGCUAGCAAGUUCCCCUCUCGCCGCCGCUCCGCCGCUAAGCCUCGUUCGCCGCAGUCGCUAGCAGAGCGCUCACGCGAGCCGUCCACAUGUGAAUUCUGCGGCCGCGCGCCUCAUCGACGUUCAGACUGCCCGGCCCGUCGCUCCACCUGCAACUUCUGCAAAAAGAAAGGCCACUUUGCCGAAGUAUGCCGCUUGCGGAAGUUCAAGCAGUACAAGCUCAGCUCCGUUCACCUGCACGCCGUCGCGACGCCCGCCUCGGCAAAGUUCGUCGACGUCACCGUUGACGACUACACAGCGCAGUUCAAGGUCGACUCCGGAGCCGAAGUAUCUGCUGUUCCCAGCGACUUUCCUACCUUGCCUGCCACACUCGACCAAGUCGACACUCUGCUCACUGGCCCGGGAGGACAGCCACUGCGCGUGCUGGGCUCGUAUAUGGCACGACUUCAGUGGCAAGGGAAAACAAGCUCGACGCUGCACGCCGAGCUCUUCAAUGGAUUGGGAACCCUCAAGGACGAAUACAACAUCCGGUUGAAACCCGAUGCCGUACCUUUCUCGCUAAGCGUACCUCGCAGGAUCCCCAUUCCGCUGCUCGAGAUUGUCCGCCGCGUGCUGGACAAAUUGGAAAGCGCAGGCGUGAUCCGUAGGGUCGACAAGCCAACCCCAUGGUGCUCGGGUCUCGUCGUCGUCCGGAAAGGCGAUGGUUCCUACCGCCUCUGCGUCGACUUAACACAACUCAACAAGGUCGUCCUUCGUGAAAGACAUAUUCUGCCAACUGUCGAGCAAGUCCUUGGCCUCCUCGGCGAUGCAACAGUUUUUUCAAAGCUGGACGCGACCGCAAGCUUCCACCAGGUGAAGCUCGCUGAAGACUCCCAAGAGCUUACGACAUUUAUCACCCCAUAUGGCCGAUACUGCUUCUGCCGGCUCCCCUUUGGCAUCACCUCCGCACCCGAGUACUUCCAAAAGCAGAUGGCAAGAAUCCUGGAGGGCCAAGAAGGAGUCGCCAAUAUGAUAGACGAUAUUUUGGUUUUUGGACGCACCCGCCAGGAACAUGACGUCAGACUGAGCCAGGUGCUAUCUCGCCUUGCAAAAGCAGGUAUCACAUUGAACCAGGACAAGUGUCGUUUUGGGGUACCCGAGGUCUCCUUCCUCGGAGUUGUCGUCUCGGCACAGGGCAUCAGGCCAGAUCCGGGCAAGGUCGAAGCAGUCAAAGCCAUGGAAGCCCCAACGGACGUCGCUGGCGUUAGAAGACUGCUCGGAAUGCACGAGCAAAAGGCAGCGUUCGAGAAAAUCAAGGAACUCUUGACGUCAGACAGGUGCAUGGCCAAGUACCACCCGUCGUACGCCACUACGGUGUCUGCAGACGCAAGCUCAUUCGGACUCGGCGCAGUUUUGCUACAGACGCAACCCUCAGGAGAGCGCCGCCCAGUCGCAUUCGCUUCGAGGUCGAUGACCGAUACAGAGCAGCGUUACAGCCAGACUGAAAAAGAAGCUUUGGCAACGACGUGGGCUAUCCAAAGGUUCGACGAGUUCGUCCGUGGCAUCCCCUUCGACGUCGAGACUGACCACCUGCCACUCGUUUCGCUUCAGGGCAAGAUGGAACUGGACGUGUUGCCGCCUCGUAUUCAGAGACUACGGCUGAAGACCAUGCAAUACCAGUUCCGUAUGCUGCACGUGCCAGGAAAGCUGCUGGCCACAGCUGAUACGUUGUCGCGCAUCACCUACAAGCCACCCACUCCUCUAGACACUAUCGAACUUUUUGCAGCACAGGUAGUCGGCUGCACGUCGGAAGUCUUGCCACUCAGCCCUAAAGACGUGCGACAGGCACAAGAGUCCGAUGGCGAGUGCAAAGCCCUCGCUUCCUACUGCCAGAAUGGUUGGCCUAAAAAGACCACGAUACCACUGCACCUUACAAAGUACGCCUCGGUGGCAGACGAGCUCUCUGUCUGCGACGGUGUUCUGUUGAAGGGCGCCCGGUUAGUCAUCCCAUCGUCCCUUCGGCCAGCGGUCUUGACGCUGUUGCAUGAAGGUCAUCAGGGCAUCAACAGGACCAAAGCCCUAGCUCAGGAGUCAGUUUGGUGGCCCGGUAUCUCGACAGACAUCGCCUCUCUCGUUGCCAACUGUGAACAGUGCGCUUCCACCCGCGUGAACUUUGCCGAGCCCCUGCUCUCCACAGCCCUACCUGGACAUCCCUGGGAAUUCCUUGGAAUAGACUUGUUCCACCUCAACGGCCAGACGUUCAUCCUGGUGGUGGACUAUUACUCAAGGUUCCCUGAGGUGGUGACCCUGAGGAGCACGACAGCUCAGGCAGUCAUUGACGCUCUCAAAUCCAUCUUUGCCCGCCUUGGAAUCCCGCAACAAGUCAGGUCCGACAACGGCCCACCGUUCUCGUCGCAAGAGUUCGCGGCGUUUGCAGCGUCAUACGGCUUUAACCACAGGACCAGCAGUCCACACUACGCUCAAUCGAACGGAGAGGCGGAGAGGAUGGUGCGGACUAUCAAGGACCUGUUUCGCAAGUCAAAGGAUCCUUAUCUGGCUCUGCUCAGCUAUAGGGACACUCCAGGAGUCAACGGCUUUAGUCCAGCCCAGCUGUUGAUGGGACGUCAACUGAGAACCAGAGUCUCAAAGCAAGGCUCCCAGCUAUGUCCCAACUGGCCUCCAAUGAAAGAAGUCGUCGCCAAGGAUGCGUCUUAA